GUUUGGAGCAUGCUGAAGGCAGCGAGAAAGCUAGGAGAAUCCAUUGAGGACAAGUCCAUUUUUAUAAAGGAUUCCACUUCUUUAGAGAGAGCGGAUUUUCGCAAGAAAUGGCAGUUAGAGACCUUCCUAAAGGCCUGUGAACAAGACGUGGAUGAGGACUGGCUGAGACCCCACCGUGCUAAAAUAGACCUAUUUCUUUCAAAAAUGGAAGAUUUCUUCGCGUCUCAACGGGAGCCGGAUGCUUGUUCCAGCCAUGGCAGUCGCCGUUCCGGAAGCGUACGUUCGGCUGCUAGCUCCACAACAUCGUCAGCCAGAGUCAAACUGGCCCAACAACGCGCAAAGACGUACGCCGAAAAGGCCCUCUUCGAGAAGGAAGAAAGGCUUAAGGAAAAAGAAAUGGCCAUUCGACGUAGCCAACUACAGCAAGAGGAGGAACGCAAGAGAAUCCAACUUCAGCAAGAGGAGGAACGCAAGAGAAUCCAACUUCAGCAAGAGGAGGAACGCAAGAGAAUCCAACUUCAGCAAGAGGAGGAA